CAAGUGAGAUCUGCUGCUUCUUUGAUUGUUGUUGCACCCGCACCUUUAGAAAAUAAAGAAAUUGGCUGUAAUUACCGAAUUCUUAUGAUGAAGAGAAAUGCUAAAAGCAGUUUCAUCAAUGCACACGUAUAUCCAGGCGGUGUUGUUGAUGCCAGCGAUGAGGCUUCUCUUUGGGAUAGCCAGAUCAAGUCCGAGAAAGAGAAGCGCCUGGUGACAAACAAGAUUUGUGCUAUUCGGGAAACGUUUGAAGAAUCGGGAUUACUGCUAUCAGAGCCUUCUGCAGAAACCGUCAAAGGGUUAGAUGUUGAUAUUUGGCGACAUAAAGUACAUGACGAUGCCUCGCAAUUCAAAAUAAUGUGUGAUCAGUUCAAGAUUCGACCUGCGGUUGAUAAGUUAAUCCCGUUCACUUGCUGGAUCACACCCGAAUUUGAAAAGAAGCGUUACAACACCUUAUUUUUUCUGACCACGUUAGACCAGCAUCCAACGCAAAAGGAACAUGAUGCUCGCUUAAAGCUUGUCUCUUCCGAUGGUAAAGAAACAGUUCUGUUUGAAUGGUUGAAACCUGAAGAAGCUUUG